CUCACAAGUCACAACACCGGGAAGUGGAACCCAGCCAACCAAAGGGAAAGGAUAGCAGGAGAUGGGUUCUGUGCAGUUUUCUCGGAGCUCCAUUUUGAUUCUCUGGGUUAUCUUUAUCGCCUUCCCCUGCUUCGUAUCCGCUACUACAGUGUCUCUAGUUGUUGGGGAAAGGUCUAGACUCGAGGUUUCUCCUAGCUUGUCUGUGGUGAACUCCCCAGGGACUAAGCCUGGCACUAGGUUGCUCUGUGAAAGAGUUCAUGUCCAUGGGCUAUCCAGGCUGAAGAACUUAAAGAAGUUUUCCCACUCAUUAAAGGUGAACCUAACGCAUUCUAGUUCAACUCUCCGUGGGCCGAGUGUUGAAGUCUGUUUCCACAGGAAUGCAUCUCGUGGGAUUGGGAUGUGCCCUCAAGGAAGGUGGGAAAAGGUUGUGAAGGGUUCCUGGGGUCGUGCAAUGUCACCUUUUGAUCAUAAGCUCUUGGAUAUAAGGAUGGCUGGUUCAUCUCCUGAAAGCAUCGAAGUUCAUAUUGAAGAAGAAUUUUUCAUGUACCGGAUAGUAUUUCUAGUUGUUGGGGUCGUUCUGUUGAGUGUGGCAUCCCCUCUGAGCAUGUCAUUGGCGUUUUACUACAGCAGUGCGAUGGCAGUUGGCAUCAUCCUUGUGAUAUUGGUGGUACUUUUUCAGGGGAUGAAACUGCUGCCAACUGGGCGGAGAAACUCACUUGCAAUCGUCAUAUACUCAUCUUUGUUGACAUACUGUUAUGUAUUAUGCAGGUUGGUUUGGGUUCUUUUCUCCUGCAAUACUUGCCAGGCUUACUGCACACCCUCCUCCUGGAGAUGGGAAUCAGUGAAGACAUGUAUUUUCCUGUAUCUGGCAAUUUUUAUGGUGGCUUUUAUUGUUCUUGCUGGAGCUUGGAUGGGAUUCUGGGCUGUCCGCAAACUUGUCUUGGCAGAAGAUGGAUCAGUUGACACAAGUACUUCCCAUUUUGUUGCCUGGUCUAUUAGGAUUAUAGCCGCUAUUAUGAUUCUUCAGAGCUCAUUGGAUCCCCUGCUGGCAACAGGAGCAUUAUUAUCAGGGAUAAUUGCUUCGUCUGUAUUAAGGCGAACUUUUCAACUCAAAUUUUGGAGGCGGCUUUACAAGAGGUUGGUCAAGAUGGUGAACAGUAUGAGCUUGGAGUCUGCGGUUCCUGAUAUAUCUCCAUUUCGAAAUUCACAAGACAAUUAUACGUACAAGAAGACAUCUGAAGAUUGUACGCCUCUUUGGCCUUGGACAAAAAGAUUCCGUCGGGGAUCUCCCAGUAGUGCUCCAAUUCAAGGUUUUGGUUAUAAAACUAUCCCACAAGAACAUCAACUAUCGGAUUCAGACGUGUUUCUUUCCACCUACUGCACUCCGGAGGGGAAAAAAUUCUCAAAGGAAGAGUGGAAAAAGUUAACAGAGGAGUCGACCCAGAAGGCCGUGAAAGACCUCGUGGCUUCUCCUGAUUUCAGCAGAUGGGUUGCUUCUAAUGCGGACCGAAUCUCUGUAACUCCGAAGACCCGACGGGAUGAGUCCCUGCCCCGGCGCAAGUGGCUCUACUUCUUCUGAUUUGUAAACAUGUAUACCCGUCUUUCUUUGCACGGCGGGCACGGGCUUAUACCUUGUGAAAUCACUGAGGGAUUUUGUUGGACGGUGAACUCGCCAACUCUUAUCGAGUCAUGUAGAUUUUAACCCGACAUUGCAGCAGCAGCUUAGGUCAGUAAGCAGGUAGGUUGUGUAGUGAAUGCAUGCAGUUGUAGUUGUAGGCUUCCCUUCAAGAUGUUGUAUCUGUUUGUAGGUCGUAUCUGACGUGUUAAGUCGUAGAAUAGUUUUUGUCCAAAUCGGAUUGUAGCUUGAACGAGGGUGAAGAAUGAAUUCAAGCAUCAUAGUUACUGAUGCAGGACGACGCAGAUUUUUUUUUACAGUGUUUCGCGGGUUGCUGUCUUACUAAUAAUAAUAAUUUGUAUCCUUAUAUUAAGCAUAAGCUAGAAUAAUAAAUAAAUUAGAAGGGAACAAGAAUAAUAAGUGACUG